AUGAAGAAAUAACUAAACAGCUUGGGUAAUGACAUAAAAUUUCUUCGUGGAAAAACAGUAGAAGAGCUUUUUUAUAUUCGAAAAUGGAAAGUAUUGAAAGAAGCAGCUAAUAAAAAUGUUAGGUCUAUAUAUGUUCCAUUAAAAACUUUGGAAUUAUUUCAUAAAUUAGAGAAGCAGGAGAAGAAAUUCCAUUCAAAAGGAGAUAAAGAAGGACUUUAGGAAGAAGAUAAGGCAGGUCGUGAGGAAGGGGAUUAAGAAGGAAAUGAGGAAGAAGGGGAUAAAGAUGGACAUGAGGAAGGAUACAUAGUAGGACAAGAAGAACGAGGUGAGGAAGGAUAUUUAGAAGUAGAUGAGUAAGGACAAGAAGAAAGAUAAAUAGAAAGAGAUGAAGAAGGAGACAAGGGGGAAAAGAUUUUGAUGAAUUUUUAAAAUGUAUAUGAUAAAAUUGGAGAAGCAAAUAAGUUUUUAUUAGAUGAUAAAGAAACAGUACUAUUAAUCCAUGGGGUAGCUAGAUCAGGCAAAAGUACUGCAGCUAAGAAAAUAGAAGAAUUUAUUUGGAAAUUACAUGACACUAAUGAAAAAAUUGGUAAUGAAAUCUUAAUACCUAUUUAUAUAUCUUUACCUUCUUUAAAAAAUCCUGUGUUUUAAGCAGUAGAAGAAACACUUCAUCAAGAGGAGUAUGGUUUUGAUGAGCUUUAAUUGAAAGAAUGCAAAGAGUUUUUAGAACAGAAAAAAAUCAGAUUUUUAUUAAUAAUGGAUAGUUACGAUGAGAUGAAUCUGGAAAAUAUUGGGAAAAACUUAUAUAUUAAUAAUAACUUAAAUAGAAUUGGUCAAACCCGCUACUUAUUUUUACUACAAGAAGUGAAAUUUUUACAAGUAGUAAUUAUUCUUUAUGGUUUGAACCGGAAGAUAAGAAUAAAUUUAAAGAAAUCGAACUUCGAUAAUUUGAUUCUUCAUAAAUACAAUAAUAUCUAGAAAAAUUUUCAACUUAAAGCGUAAAAAUGUUGAUAUUUGAAAUUUAUGAAUGGUAAACACAAAUUUCAAAUAAAGGAAUGAUUGAUAUAUAACAGUUUGAAAUUUCUUGGGAAAAAUUGUAAUAAUUGCUAAAAACAGAAAUAUCAGGGUUGAAAGGGGAAAAUCUAUUGAAUUAAAAAUAAAUAGACCAUAUUUUAUUCUUUUUAAAGAAUGAUGAGUUUAUAGCUUUGAAAAGUCACGAUGCUUUAAGAAGUCUUGGAAUUUAGUUUAAAAAAACUAUGGAGCGUUUAAAAGUAAAACAAAAUAAUGAAGUAGAUCAAAUUGGAUCGGUUGGUGGUAACUCCAUAU